AUGCCUUCUAAGCUUUCAUCAGCGCGCAAACGCAGUAGGCCGUCUCUCAACCGCCGCAAAGAGGUUGAUAUUCGAGACGACGAGCCAUCCGAUGAUUCAAUCCACGUAAAUCAAAAUUCAGAGCCGGCUCAAGUGAAUGGACAAUAUGAAGCCCGUCUUUCAACAUCAAAAUCCAACUCCAAGGCAGCAGAACCAAACACUCGCCUUCGGCGGAGCCAUCAGCUGCCUUCCCUAUUAGUUCACGAUACACCUCAGAGCACCGUUCGCCGCUCUGGGGAACCAGAGGAGCAUACGACUGCGUCUUUUGCCGAAUCCCGCAUGGCUCCUUCAGUGAAGCGGCAAAAGACUGAUGACGUCCAGUCCCGACUAUCUCAAACGUCUGGAUUAUUAGAUUGGAACGCACUUCUACCCUCUGGAAAUGAGUUUAAAGAAAGCUUGAAGACUGCCUCAACUGCCUUGGCGCCAUCCGUCAAGGGCUUCGAGCAGCUUUUAACAUCUAUCAACGAUGAACACAGCAAACUUACCGCCGUUAAG